GGUGUCCCUCCCCAUGGCAGGGAGGUUGGAACUAGAUGAUCUUGUGGUCCCUUCUAACAUAGGCUGUUCUAAGACUGUGGUUCAAAUCUUUUCCUAGCAACUAUCUGAGGGCUUUCCAGGACUUCCGGCAGCCCCUGCAGCAGGAAAUCCAGACAGAAUGCAGGGGCCAGGGCAAGGUCUGUGGUGGGCCUUGCUUUCCACAGCAGAUUGGGGGAUGGAAUUAGAGACAACAGUGACAGAAAAAGAAAAGGGGGACGAAUACAUCAAUAUUGAGAGUGAUCUGCUUGAAAACAAAUGUGCCUCAGUAGAUGAUGAGCAACCACGCUUGAAAGGGCAAUUAGAAAAGAACUAUGAUAAAAUCUGUGAAUUUUACAAGAAACAUAAAAUCAGAAUUCGGUAUGUGAUCUAUGGAAUUUUAAUGACAGCAUACUUGGCAAUACUUAUUGCAGCCUGCAGCUUGAAAUUUCAGAGAGCCUUGCCACUCUUUAUCAUCACUGUUGUGGUCACAUUCUUCAUCUGCUGGGAUUUUUUAAUAGCUAAGUAUGAAGACAAAAUUACUGUAUUCUUUUCCCCUGGAGAAAGAUAUCUGAAAAAACAGUGGUUUUGGCUGAAAUGGGUGUUGCGUGCAGCUCUUAUUAUAACUGUCAUCUGCUGGCUCAUCUUUGACACAAUGGAACAGGGAUCCCGCCAGCUAAUCUCCUUUGGUGGGCUUGUGAUGUAUGUUCUCCUGAUGCUUAUCUUUUCCAAAUAUCCAACCAGAGUUGCUUGGAGACCAGUACUUUCAGGAAUAGGAAUGCAGUUUAUUCUUGGGCUUCUUAUUCUGAGGACCAAAGUGGGUUUUGAUGUAUUUAACUGGCUAGGCAUUCAGAUCCAGACUUUUCUGGAGUACUCUGACACAGGUGCCAAGUUCGUGUUUGGUGAAAAAUAUAAGGAUCAUUUCUUCGCUUUUAAGGUACUGCCCAUUGUGGUUUUCUUCAGCACAGUAAUGUCUAUUCUUUACCACAUUGGAUUCAUGCAGUGGCUCAUUGGAAAGGUUGGUUGGAUUAUGCAUGUUUUCAUGGGGACAACACCUGUUGAGUCUCUGGUAGCUGCGGGUAACAUAUUUGUGGGACAGACAGAGUCUCCUCUUCUAGUGCGGCCCUACUUACCAUACAUCACCAAAUCUGAACUCCAUGCAGUCAUGACAGCAGGAUUCUCAACUAUUGCUGGAAGCGUCUUAGGAGCAUAUAUUUCUUUCGGGGUUUCCUCCUCCCACCUACUGACUGCUUCUGUCAUGUCAGCACCAGCAUCAUUAGCCACCUCCAAAUUAUUCUGGCCUGAAAUUGAAAAGCCUCUGGUAACUCUGAGAAGUGGCCUACAAAUGGCAAAAGGUGACUCAAAGAAUCUGCUGGAAGCAGCCAGUCAGGGGGCCUCUACCUCCAUCACUCUGGUAGCAAACAUGGCCGUGAAUCUGAUCUCCUUCCUUGCCUUGCUGACGUUUCUUGACUCAACCCUUUCUUGGCUGGGCAGCUUGUUUGACUAUCCACAGCUGAACUUUGAGAACAUUUGUGCUUAUGUCUUCAUGCCAUUCUCUUUCAUGAUGGGAGUAGACUGGGAAGACAGUUUUAUUGUCGGUGGCCUACUAGGUUACAAAACUUUCUUCAAUGAAUUUUUGGCUUAUGAGCGUCUUUCAAAACUGAUUCACAACCGAGAAAAGGGUGGAAGCAUGUACAUUAAUGGAGUGAAACAGUAUAUGACAGUUCGCUCUGAAGUCAUUGCCACCUAUGCUCUUUGUGGGUUUGCCAACUUCGGCUCGCUGGGACUGGUAAUAGGAGGCCUGACGAGUAUUGCUCCCUCAAAAAAGAAGGAAAUAGUUGAUGGUGCUUUCAGAGCAAUGAUUGCGGGAACUGUUGCCUGUUUCAUGACAGCCUGUGUUGCAGGAAUGCUGACUGUCUCCGAUCUGGAAGUUCCUUGCCACAUCUUAUUAGGAAAUGCCUCCAACUUCACAGAUUUCCCUGUCAAGAGCAUAAAGCUAGUGGAAUGUUGCCACCGUCUCUUCACUAGUGCAGAUCAUUUGGAGAAGAUCUUUCCUGAGGGAAACUACAGUUUGAGUUCCUGGAAAGUAUGUUGCCAGAUACUGGGUCAAUCUGCUUCUAAUUGUACUUAGAUUAAGUUCUAAUUUUUUGCGGGGGAUAGAUUAUAAAUAAGAGUUGUGUUCCUUAGAAGAAAGGAAAUAAAAACUUUCCUUUGUAACAAUG